AUGCGCACCCAUGCUGGGCACACGGCUGUGCCGGCACCUCGGGGCGCUCAGGUGGGUGCCGGUAGGGAUGGGAGCAGGGCAGCAGCCCACCCCUCCCUGGGCUGCUGCUGUUCCUUCUGCAGAGCAAUACAUCAGAAGGGGGUGAACCUGACAGACGUGAGGGUGGAGGACGGGCAGGAGUUUGCCCAGGUGGGGUCCAGCCUGGGUGACGUGUGGCAGAUCAGGAGCAGCUGUGAGUCGGGCCGCGUCGUGGCACUGCAGUGUUCAGCCUGCGGGCAGCGCCCGGCACCCGGGGGCCGCGUGGUGGGGGGCAUGGAUGCUGCCCCUGGGCGCUGGCCCUGGCAGGUGAGCAUCCGCCACGGCUCCCGGCACCGCUGCGGUGGCUCCGUGCUGGCACCGCGCUGGAUCGUCACCGCCGCCCAUUGCGUGCACAGCUACCGAUGGCAGAGCGCAUCGGGCUGGACGGUGCAUGCUGGUGUCGCUCAUGGCUCGGCCAUGCAGGAGGCUGGGGUGCCGGUGGAGAGAAUUAUUUCUCACCCGCUGUACAACGAUAACAGCAUGGACUACGACAUCGCUCUGAUGAAGCUGCGAGUUCCCUUGAAUUUCUCAGACGCCAUUGGAGCUCUGUGCCUGCUGCCCUCCCACCAGGACCUGCUCCCAGGCACGCCGUGCUGGGUGUCGGGCUGGGGCUACACCAGGCCUGACCAAGCACAGCUCACCGAGACGCUGAAGGAAGCCCUGGUGCCGUUGAUCAGCACCCAGAGGUGCAACAGCUCGUGCAUGUACGCAGGAGAGCUCACGGCCAGGAUGCUGUGUGCCGGGUACCAGCAGGGGAAGAUCGAUGCCUGCCAGGGUGACAGCGGGGGCGCCCUGGUGUGCCAGGAUGAGCUGGCGUGGCGCCUGGUGGGCAUCGUCAGCUGGGGCCGGGGCUGUGCUGAGCCAAACCGCCCGGGGGUUUACACCAACGUGCCUCAGCUUCUGCCCUGGAUUUAUGGCGUCACUGAGAUCUACUAGAAGCAAGGGAAAACCUACCGCAUCAACGCACGGCCCAUUGCACAUCUGAGUGAAGAAAAGCCCAGGGCUAAUUCCCACUGUUCCUAUGACCCCCAAAGGAACGGCCCCAGGCACCACCAGAACACGUGGCCGGUAUAAACAGUUUAUUAAAGAAAAUAGCAAAUUGCAUUUCUGUGAACGAUGCCCACGGGAGAAGCGGCGUUUGGUUUUUUACUGAGUGCAGUGUGUGAAAGGACAAGGACUCCCCCGGAGAUGCGAGUGGUGUGGGAACGUUCUGAGCCCUGGGCUGUGAGAGGGGAAGGGGGGAAAUAAUACACAAGAUAAAAGGAAAAGCUGGAGGUCCAAGUGAUGCCUGCCAUCCCUGCUGCCUUCCUGCAGGCUGGAUGCGGCGUGAGCUGCUGAGUUCUGCACCCAUGGUCAGGAAUGCAAAGAGAAUUCAGAUCAAAGCCCAAAUGAAAAGGAUCCAAUGGUAUUAAAAUAUUCAGCUCUCAAGGACUGAAACUUUUGUCUGCAAGCAUUACAUGGUAGGAAAUAGUUUUUGUGCAAAGAGGUACGUUGUGGCCUCGGGGCUGUGGUUCAACAGCAGCUAUGGAUGAGUUUUCCAAUUAAAAUAAACACGUAUUUCUCAAAGCCUUCUGUAAAGUAAAGGACAAUGCUAUGAGUGCACACUUAAUUCCCUUCUUGUAUUAUCCACGUUUAUCUCAUUCUUAAAGGACAGAAAAAUUACUACUGCAAAGACACCAGAUGUCAGAUCUACUGCUUCAUCAGCAGAAGGGGAAAGGAAGGAGCAGAACUGGCUUUCAUAGCUGGCAGUGAGACUGAAGACAGAAAGUCAGGUUUAAGAUAUUUGCUAUGAGAAAUCAAGCACGAGGAAUUUUGCCACUUGUGCAAAAUGCUCUGACCCCGUAAACAGCUGACAAGGAAUGAGGUCUCCAGUUUCACUCCUUCAAGGUCUGCUCUACAGGGAAACCUGAGCAGAACAGGUGGGGAAGAGCAGAAUUUGGCACCUGAGCAUUCUUAGGAGACCAAAUGCUACCACCAACGUGGGUUUCAUCUGUAUUUGCAGGGACAGAUGAGGUAAGAGACAAAGGGGCUGCGUGGCCCCUGAUGUAAAACUGUAGGUAAGAAAGAUUGAUGGGUGAGAAACAGAAAUCCCUCUAUAGGCCCCUGAGGCAAACAAGCUUGAGAUGAUGUACAGCACCUGCAUGACAGCCCCACCUGCAGCACUGCUCAUUCUCACUAAGAGAAGCUGGAGAGAGGACUUGACUUACUGCCUACGCUGGGCUUACAGAAAUGCAAGAGGAUGGGAUUUAGCAAACACCACAGAAAGCACCUCUUCUUUAGCGGGACUGCACACCCACCAGCUCAAAGCAAAACCCAGGAUCUGUGCAUAAUGCCUCCAGGGAGGAAAUGGCACUUUCAAGCCCAAAUUCCACCUGCCUGGCAGAUGGAGCAGAAGCAGUUAGUGUCCAUGUGCUAUUCACCUCUGAUUUCCUGGUCUGAGACUCACAGAGCCAAACCAUUUGCCCUAAACACAGGGAGGAAAUACAGGAAACCUCUCUCUCAGUCAAGCCCCCAGGAAGCACACACCCAAUGCUAUGCUUUUAUAGUCCAGUACAAGAAAGGUCAAAUCUAACAGAAAUAGAUCAAAGAUUCAGUUCGCUGUCCUUUAUCAGAAGAUGCAACAUGUAGGAGUUAGCAGAGCUACUUGAUCUUGGCCAGUGCUGCUGCUCUCCUCUCUGUGUUCUGGAACAAGGCUCGGAUCAGACCCUUCACUUCUGCUGGGGAGAACUCAGCUGCAAGAGGUCCCUUCCCAUCUGCCCACCUACAAGGGAGAAAGAGCUUUGGUUAACAAAACUGCAUGGUAACCUCACAUUGAAACAAACCUUUGGGGCUUUCACAUCAAGUCACAACAGUUGUCCAACUCCUGUGAUGAAUGGUUAAGGCAGACUGAAACGCAUCAAGCAUUUACAAGCAUGGAACAGUGCUAAGCCUGGAAGCAAAACAAGUUGGUUGCCUGUUAGCUGCACGCAACCUGAGUCCAGAAUUACUUAUAUGGCAUUUAAAGCAGACUUUUCAGUUGAGCCUGCAGAUACCUACUGAUCUACUAUUUCUUGGAGGUUGGCCUGCAGGAUGAUCAUCAGCUCUUUGAAUGUCAUCCACUUCUGCACGUAGACUGGAACCUCCUCUUGGUAUUUCUUGUUCUUGUCCUCUUCAGGCAGCGGAGUGAAAACUUGAGGCCCCUCCUCCACCAUGAUCCUGCAGAGCGAGUACAGCCUGUCUGCAUCUUCUGCAGAGAUGUCCUAGAAUUGAACAAAGAAUGUCCAAGAAUGGAACAAAUCGCUAACAAAAGAGCUGCUGGAUGUGAUUUUGGAUCACUAGACAGUAAGUGAGAUGAAGGCAAAAACCAACUCGAACCCCAAAAUGGGGCUGUGUGCAUGAAGGCAAAAAGCAUUUCAUAUUCUCAAGCAAAUGUAUUUCACAAAUACUAUUUAAUCAAGUUCUCUGCAGUCACCUCAGAACAAGGCUUGUGCUUCUCAAGAGCAGAUUCACUGCGAGGCAGAGUGGUUAUGAAGAAGGUCUGAGUGGUUUAUGAGGAAACACAGGGAGCGCCAGCACAGCAAAGAAGGCAAAGCUUUUUGGCAGGCACAGCAUAAGACAGCAUCCCAGCUGCUACAGGAAAAGCCCUGUUCACCUCACUGACAGCAAAGGGCCUUCAAGAUACAGACCAAAACUGGCUCCCCUGAAACCUCAGCUUGUGAAGAGCUCCUGGAGGUCACCAAUGUUCAGACCAUGCUUAUGCUUGGCAUGUCCACAUCAUGCAGUUACCUCCAGGGCAGCAAUCCUAGUGACCAUUUCGGAGAGCGCUGUGUUCAGUAAGGUGCCCAUGGCCUUGCAGUACACGUUCACUGGAAGGACAUCCUGCCAGACUUUCCCCAGUCUUUUCAGCUGAUGCAGUACCUGCAGUGUAACAGCUACACGUUACUGAUGUGCUACCAAGAAGAAUGCUGAAGAAGCACACAAUGAUACGGGCACUGCACACAGACCAAAGCAAGCUCUAAAGAAGCGUAAGGCAAUGAAGUACCACAUUCAGCAGGUGCUCCUUAAAAGAAAGCAAUGGCUUCAGUUUGCAUUGCAGCUUAUCAGAAACUGGACACCUUUUCCUUGAACAACGGAACAUAGAGAUGUACUGCAGGAAAACUUCAUGAUUAAGAAACUGCUGCCUUGGUGCAAGCAGACUUGAACUCAGCAUCCCACAGAAUGAGGCACAGCCCAAGGACAGCAUCUACAGACAACAGCACAUCCAGCUUCAGCUUUGCCUUGCCUACCUGCCUUAUGGCUUUGUUUGCUGCAGAGUAAUUUUCCUCAUCAUCCAUAUUAGAAAAAUUCCUGGCACUUGACAGCCUCUCCAGGAUUUCUCCUUUCUGCACUCGCAUCUGGGCCAGAAAACACUCCAUCCCUUUAGGAGAAAAAAACAAGCAGAGAGAAGCAAUUAAGGAAUUAUUUGUUUGUUCUGCUGAUGCUGAUUUAGAGACUAAGUGCAGAAUAAUAAACCUGCCAUGAUGUUGUAUUUUUAAUAGAAAUUUCCAGUCUCCAGUCAUUCUCACAGAGCCAAUUCAAUCAGGCCCAGCCACUGCAUUCAAUAAGCUCUUGCACAGCUUGGACUCUGAGAAAGCUGAGCAGCAGGGCUCACUGUGGAUGACAGGCUCCUGUUAAGCUAAUGGCAGCUUAUUUCAGAACUUGCUCCCAAAGAAUAACCUAAAGAAAGUGUCAGAAUAGUCAGCAGCAGAUCCCCAAAUAUCUGUGUGCACAACACCUCACUGGUAACAGUCUGCUCUUAGAACUAUGCACCAGACAAGGUGAGCCCUGUUUAAAUAGCCCAGUCCUCUACAGCUGUACUGCUUAGAGCCAGGAGCUCCACACACCUCCCUGCCAAGAUUUCCUUGCCCCAAACUCGUAAAUAACAGCUUAACAGCCUGUUUGAGUCAGUGGAUACAUUCUGAAUCAUUCAGCAACAAAAACCAGCAUUAAUUACCACAUCACCUAUCGAGGUACUUCAAGACUGAAAAGUAAAAUUACCAAGUCUCCUAAAGCCAGGCACCAGGUCGACAAAAGUAGCUGCUCCAUCACACAGGAUGCUGGUCAGGCGGUACCGGAACUGAUGCCCCAUGGUGAGCAGGUGGUGAGCGAUGUACAUGCAGUUGUUGUGGUGAAUAGCUGCAAGCUGGGGCAGUUUCUGGAGGUUCUCUCUGUCUCGGGAAGGAGAGGAGAGGAAGAAAUGUAUGUAUUUAGGCCUGGCUCUGUUAAACUGACAUACGGACGCUGCAGAAACAGUCUGACUGAAAGCGAUGUUGCAAAGGAGGCACUGCAAGCAAUGCUUGAUAAAGCCACCAGCUGGAAGGGAAGUAUACAAUCCUCAUUGCUGCUCUUUCUUACAGGGAAAGCAACAUGAAAAAUCUUAAAGGCCACCCCAUGACAAAGCCAAGGGUGAGGGCUCCAUUCAGUAGCUGGAUAUGACAGAGGUUUGUAAGACCCAGGUUGCAAGACUCAGUUUUAUACUGAAGAUGCAGCUUCAGCUCCUGCUGCCUGCGCUCCCACCCAUGCAAGGGCCAGCAGGCACAGAGCCAGUCUCAUUCAUGCCAAAAGAAAUAUGAAAAGCCAUCUCCUUGAUCAUAAGACCGCCAGCUAAGAAACUCUCAAGCAAAUAAUUUGCAACAGGUAUGAUUUAUUUAGGGGGUAAAAGCAACAGCUUUUUCCCAGCAGAGGAAGUCCUCAGCAGCUUUUGGACUCGCUGGACAAAAGAGAGAUCGAGUGGGAUGGUUCCAACAGCGCUGUGCUGACUGCAAAGCAGGCCUGAAGUCACACAUCACACACUUACCUGUGGUACGUUGGCACUACAUCAUAGAACAGCUGGAAUAUAUUCCGCACGGAGUAGAAGAGCUGUAUGCAGCUACAAGGAAAACAAGGCUCACGUCAGUUCGUCUGAAUUAACAUCUGUGCGCCCAGUGACUCUCGCCCCUCUCUUAAAAAAGGUUUUGUUAGUGGUAAAGCACAUUCUCCUUAAUGAACAAAUGAAAAAUCAACCAGGGAAUGGCAAUAAAGGCAACAUCCUCCACAAUUCACAAAGGCUUCUCACAAGAGCUGUGAUGACCUUGAAAGUUCAGCGUGGAGGAGAUGAGCUUCAGAGCACAAGUCGGAACAGAGAUACGUGAGACCCCACAAACAAAGGGAGCAGUGUCCUCCCUCCCAGCAGGUAUGCACGUGUACUCAGCCCUCGCUGCCACAGCACAGUGCAGGGCAUUCAGUACCUGGGAAACUCUCCCUCUGCAGGGUUGUGGGCUCCAGUUUUUAGAGCUGGCUGUAUGCAGCUUCUCAGAACAUUCCACUGCUUUCUUUCAGGAGCCCUGACAGAUGCAGAGCUGGAGUUUUUUGCUUUCACUCAACACGCAUGCAAAAAGAAAGCAAGAACUCACCUCUGAACCUUAGGGUGCCAUCCCUUAUUGGGUUGGAACAAAAGAAAUGGCUUUUAUCUUUUCAAACAACAGAAACAGACCACACGAUAGAUACGGCAGUGAACACAGCAGUAGCAUUUCUCCCAAACAAGAGACUGAGGCUGUGAACUGCCCUGCGCUGCCACUGCUGCUCAAAUAUGGCAAAACCCACCUGAAUGCUCCCUGAAACCAGAGCCUGAAAGGUUGCUCUGCUCAACCAGUGCUCCUGCUGCACCAACCUACUGCACAAACCCAGGCACGCAGCCUUCAGCCAAAACACAGCACAGCUUUAAUGAUUAAUUCUAAUCUUUAAGUACCCUCUGCUCUCAUGAAUUCCUUCUAAUCUAUUAGCAAAUGCUUAGUGUUGCCAAAGGCAAUACAUAUCUGACUCCCAGAAGCUACAAGCUGAGAUGUAAUUCCUACCACUGAUCUGUGCUGGCUGUAGUCUCCAACAGUGUCUGAUAAGCCAGCUCCAUCAGCUUCUCCACCGAUGCACUGAUACGGCACGUGGGCAAAGAAAACGUGUACUGGCUCAGCUUAGAGUCAUUGUCCAAACUGAGCACCUCGUUAGGAAGGAGUUUAGAAGCCUUCUGCAUUUUAACAUGAUCUCCAGAUCCAGGAUCAGGAAGUUUUGGUAGGGCUACGCAGGAAUCAGGUGUGAUCUAAGGGAAAACGAAAGAAAAGCAUAACUAUAACCAGAGCCCAGAGAAAGGAGACUGUGUGAGGUCAGAAAACACUGAUUUGAGCCUCACGGUAAGCAUUAAGCUGCAGAAAUGCUCUGAGACUGCUGGAGCUCUCAUGACUUAUGAAUGACACAGAAGGUCAUGAAAGCCUACAGUUUCAUGCCUAGAAGCAAGCCCUGCAAGUGAAUCUCUACGUUGGCUUUUCUUUUUCUAACCCUGGUCAAAAAAACCUACAGAAGUAAGCUUUGGGUAUUUUAAUACCUAGCUGGUGAGAUAACCUACUUGAGUACCUUCUAAAAAGACUCUGAAGCUCUUAUUUGCCAGGAUCCCCAAAUAGUAGUCCUCCAUAAGAAGGACUCAGCUGUCCUAGACAAGCCUUCUUCAACAGCCACGUUAUUUUCCCACAGAGAAGAACAGGAUGGUGCAUCAGCAGUACCUUUACAGUAUUGUGUAUUUCUGAGGUCAUCAGGUUUCUGGCUGCCACAAUCACAUCCUGGCAUUUCUUGUGAGCAAAGUGGGAAUUGACGUUACGGGCGUAUUUCAGUAAAUCUGUCGUGUCUCCAUUCAAAAACUGCAUUUUCUUCAAGGCUUUUUCAAAUUCCUCGGUAGAUUUAAUCACCUGAAAAGAGCAGACAUUCUCCAUCGAUACCUGUGGACUGCAAGUUUCCUAAAAUCAAACAACAAAAUUAAAGCUGGAUAGAAAUUCUUCCACUCAGCUGGAAGUAAAGGAUAAAACCUGGCUGUAAAGAUCACUGCCUAACAGCUCUCAGCAAAAGAAAAAGCUGGCUCAGGUGGAGGCCACGAUCACACAGAAAUCGUCUUUUAGCUGCAGCUUUCUGCUGAAGAUGGUCAUGUGGUAUUUCCACUAAAUAAACCUGAAAGACUUUGAGACCUACCUCUAUAUACUGCUCUAAUUUGCUGCUGUUGGUUGGGAUCGAAUUCACCAGGCAGUUCUGAAUGAGGCAGUCUGACAGCUCUUCCCAUAUCAUAUCACCCAGCAGUUCUGCCAGCGUCACUCUGCCCUCCUUUCUGUCUUCCACACACUGCUCAACAGGCACAUCUGAAUUGAAGAGAACAGAAGAGGGUUUUACUAUACCUGCUUCCUGGACAAGACCCUUCACCAGUUCAUUCAAGUCUUCCUGUCUUUCAAAAGAGUGUACUUCAACUGUUCCACCAUUUCAUAAUGAAGAUAUUCCUCAUAUCCAAACCACGUGCAGUUCUGAUCAAUGUCUGAAUUUAUCUGAAUUUUUCAGUAUUAAAAGCUGCUCAGAUCUUGCAGACAACUGCUUAAAAACCAGCUUCCACUCCAACUACAAGAACAAGGUGCUGAAAUGCAACUCAGACUGAGGCCAAAAGGGAGACAACUUACUCAGCAGGUAUUUGUGGAGAACUUCAAGAACAAACUUUAUCUUGUCAAAAACCUCCACAGGAGAAGAAUGAUCCAAGUCAGGCUUCUCAGACUUGAACUUUAGAAUGACCACAUCUGACUGUUCUUCUGCGAAUGGCUGAAGAAAUGGGUACGAAAUCAGUGGCUUGAGGACAUAUUUCAGCAACAGCUUGCCUGAGAAAUGAAGUAAAUAAAUAAAUGUAUGGUUUUGAACAGCAGGAGGCAGGCAGGUUUAUUUCCAGGGAAGCCCACCUAUCUUGGAUUCAGAGAUUCUCCACAUGAGGUGGAAGAAACCCCACCUGGACUAGCUGCACCAGAGAACAUUCAAGAGGCAAAAAGCAUUGGGUCUGGUUUCACUAAAGACCAUUUCACCUAUACAAAACUCAUGGAGGCCCGGCAAAGAGCAGCAUUUUUAAUGCAAAACAAAGAACAACAGAAAAAGCCAGGGCUGCCUUACCAAAAGUUUUCAGCUUGGUGCGCAGUUCUCCAAGGACAGCAAAGGCCUGCAGCACAGAAGCAACAGGUGGGCCUGCAAUCUCUUCCUCUUUUGAUGGCAGUGUGCAUAAGUGCAAUUCUGAAUGCAUCACUGACUCUGGGCCGACGGUUUCUAAAGAAAAGGAAGAAACAACUCUCUGGUAAAGCACGUUCUGAGAUGUAGCAGAUCUGAGGAGCUCCUGCAUUUCUCAUUUGGUGGCUAAAGCAAUAUUCCACCUCUCUCCAUUUCCACAAAACGUGGCUCCUGUAAAGAGCAUCAGAAGUGAGGACCGAGCAUCUUGUGUCACCACGCAGGACAACGGACCCAGAAUCAGUCCCUUAUUAGAACUGAGAGUACCUUUAGAAGGAGGAAGCUUCCACACAACCAAUUUCUGCCAUUCCUCUCCCAAAUGAUAGAGCAUGUUCUGUGUCUGCACCGUGAGCUCUGUGCCCAGUGCUUUCAGGAUCUUCAGCUCAAAGCCCUUGCGGGAUUCCAGCAUUUUCAGGCUGCUUCGUGCCUGGUGGGAAAGGUCAAACACAAGCCAUGGGUAACUGCAGGCCUUGCGAAACCUACUGAAAGUAUUUCUCCACAAUUUUGCCAUACGUUUAAGAAAUCAUUAUCACCUUUUCCAGUUGUUGAGCUGCUUCAAUGUACUUCUUUUCCAGCAGUGCAGUGUUGUACUCUUUCAGAGCCGUAUCAAACUGCAACAAUCAAGGAGGAUCAUAUAUAACUGUGUAUCUGCUAUCAGACUACGAGAUUUUUAACAAUGCAGGUAGAGACAGAGGAGCUGCAGUUAGCUGUUCGAAAGAGAAGCCCAGCAUGGUGCCACAGGCAGAGCAGCAGACUACUGCUCAGUGACUUGAAGCUGCACUCCCACAUUCCCUCCUCACCUCCUGCAGCUUCUUCAGGAUGCUCAGAACCAGCGUGUCCUGCUCCAGCUGCUGCUUCAGUUCAGUGAAUUCAGCCACAGCAACGUUUAGGUCCCGCUGAACCUGAAAUAAAAACCUUCAGUUACAGCCAAAUGUUAGUGGGAAGAUUUCCUCCUGAUGGUGACAAAAGCACGAGAGAGAAAACGUUUGUACCGGGAUCACGGCUUGGGUUGGAAGGGACCUUAAAGGCCAUCUGGUUCCAUUCCCUGCUGUGGGCUGGCUGCCACCCCGUGGCUCCACUGCCCAGAAUGGUUCAGGGAGGAGGACAGGAGGUUGGCGUUACCAGCACACCUGCUGUGCCACCUGAUAAUGACCGUGUCUGUAAUUUCUACGGCCGCCCAUCACGCUCUCUGCCGUAAGGAUCCUUAUAAGCACGAGAAACUCCACCAAACGGCUUCUUUUUGUGUACAUCAGAGGUUUUUUCAAGGCGUGGGAAGGAGAUGAGGCACCAAAGGCCGUCAGAAGGAGCUCAGUGCUCCCGUUAUGCUCUGCCACGGGCCCAGCUCCACCGGGCUGCUCCUGCCCUGCACCGCGUGUCACCAAAGGAGCCCCGCGGUGCCGCCGCCCCUCCGCGCCCUCUGCAAACACCGGGGCUGGGGGGGGGAGGCACAGUUUGGGGUUAAACCCGGAGAAAACGGACAAAAGCGGUGACCUCGUUCUCCACGCCGGCCCUCAGCAGGUCGAUGUUGCGGGCCAGCCCGUCCACCCUGACCACCAGCUCCUCGGCGCUCUGCAUGCCGGGCAGGAACUCGCUGUACUUCUUGGUGAUCAUGGUGCACACCUCGCCCUGCGGAGAGACUGCCGUCACCGUCACCGACACCGAAACCGGCACCGCCCCGCCGCCCGCCCCGCGGUCCUGCCUUCAGCUCCUCCACACGGCGGGACAGCCGCCCGAUGCGGGUGCCCAAAUCCUCCUUGUCCAGGCGGCCCGAAUGGGCCAA